AUGGCGAAGGGAAAAGUCUGCUUGGCUUAUAGCGGUGGUCUGGAUACCAGCUGCAUUCUGCGAUGGCUGCUCGACGACGGUUAUGAGGUCGUAUGCUUCCUUGCCAAUGUUGGGCAAGAGGAGGACUGGGAUGCCGUCGAGAAGAAGGCCCUCAAGAUUGGUGCUACGAAGAUGGUGAUUGAAGACCUCCAGAAGGAGUUUGUGGAAGAGUUGUGCUUCAGAGCCGUGCAGUGCAAUGCCCAGUACGAGGGACGUUACCUGCUUGGGACAUCUCUUGCGCGUCCAGUCAUUGCACGAUCUCUCAUGCGAGUGGCACAGCGUGAAGGCUGCGACUCCGUGAGCCACGGUGCUACCGCAAAGGGUAACGACCAACUCCGCUUCGAGUUCGCCUUCUACGCAAUCCAGCCUUCCAUCAAGAUCAUUGCUCCGUGGAGAGAUCCCAAGUUCUUCAACCGAUUCCAGGGUCGGAACGAUCUGCUCGACUAUGCCACAGCAACGAACCUUCCGGUCACAUCCACCAAGGCAAAGCCGUGGUCGAUGGACGCCAACCUUGCCCACUGCAGCUACGAGGCUGGAAUCUUGGAAGACCCAAACCAGGAGCCUCCUAGCGACAUGUGGACCAUGACCGAUGACCCGCUGAAAGCUCCCAACGAGCCGACCAACAUCACCAUCACCUUCGAAAAGGGCAUUCCGACCAAGGUCGUCACGCCACAGGGCACCUUCACCGACUCCGUGCAGCUCUUCAAGGAGCUUAACCGUAUCGGAAAGGUCCACGGUAUCGGCAGAAUCGACAUUGUUGAGAAUCGAUUCAUUGGGUUGAAGUCUCGUGGAUGUUACGACUCCCCUGCCAUGACCAUUCUUCGUCUCGCGCAUCUUGAUCUUGAGGGGUUGGUCCUCGAUGGACAAGUCCGGGCUCUCCGGGAUCAGUUUGUCACUCACAACUGGAGCAACUAUCUCUACAACGGAAUGUACUUCUCCCCCGAGCGUGUGUUUGUGGAGAAUUCUCUGCUCUACAGCCAACAGAACGUGAACGGCGAGGUCCGCUUGAGCUGCUACAAGGGAUCUGCGUACGUCCUCGGACGUACCAGCAGCAGCGAGAAGCUGUACUCCAUGGAGGAGGCAUCGAUGGAUUCGUUGGAGAACUUCAGUCCCGAGGACACCACGGGAUUCAUCAAGAUUCAGACCAUUAGGCUGAAGAAGUAUGCGGAUGAAUGGGCAGAACAAAAGUGA